GUCACGUCGGCCUGUGCACUCUACGCUGCACCACACAUACACGCGUUGAACUACGAGCCCAAAUCGGUCCCCUAGUCUUCUGGUUUGCAGGAUGGUAGCAGACCGGCAGAUCGGGAACAUGCUCCUGGUGGUGUUCGCCACCCGCAUGCCCAUCGCAGCAUCGCUCAAAACGCAGACCUCUACCAACACCUCGCAGGCGGCUGGCUCAGGAGCGUCGUGCACGUUAGCCGACACCUCUGGCUACCAGGACAAAGACGUCAUCUUGUACAACCCUGUGACGAACGGAGAUGGGAGCGUCCAGGGGUUGGUGCUCACUUUCUGGAGCGGGCAGUGGGGCACGGUGUGCGACGACGUCACGGACUGCGACGCGCCCGGCGGAGGGCCCAGCCCGUGCUCCAACGGCUACGUCAACGUCGCGGGAGGUCAGCAGCUGGCGGCGGACGUGUGCCGGGAGCUCGGCCUGGACGCGAGCAGAGGCCAGGAGUACAAUGCCAAUGGGGGUAGCUCAGGGUACUCGAUCCACUUUGACGGCACGAGCAACCACAUCAGCGGCUGCGCGGGCACGGAGGCGGCCCUUGCAGAUUGCGCGUGGCUUCUCUACGGCAGCCACAACUGCGGGCACCACGAGGACGUGGGCGUUAUCUGCCAGCCUUCCGGCCCAACGAGCAGUCCGACGCCUUCGCCAACGCCUGUUCCCACGUCAUCUCCGACGCCCAGUCUGACGGCAACGCCACCUCCAGCGGGCGGAGCAGGUGCUGGAGCCUCCGCCGUCGGCGACCCCCACCUGCAAAACGUUCAUGGCGAGCGCUUCGACCUGAUGAAGGCGGGCAAGCAUGUUCUGAUCAAAAUUCCUCGUGGAAUGAGUGCU